CGGGGUUGGGGGUCAAAUGCGGGCCAAACCACUUAGUCGUGGACCACCUAAGUCUUGGGCUAGGUCUGUUUUAGAAAGAUUGUCAGAAGCUUGCUCUUUUCACUGGAGAAUAGAUGGAGACUUGCACCAAACUUGCCAACCAGCUUAUGAUUAUGUACUUUUUGUGUCUGGUUUGAUUUCAGUUACACCUAGAGGAUACAUAAAACUACUUGUUUCAAUACUCAGUUUUCACUUAAGUGGAGUUGUGGUCACUCCCAAAACUUCCAGUAACACCACCUCAGGUUUUUCUUCAGAACCAGAAAGAAGACACAGGGUCUCCAUUACCUUUGACAGAUGUAAGAUUACCUCUGUGUCUUGUACCUGUGAUGUAAAGGACAUUUUUUGGUGUCAACAUGUUGUUGCCCUUGUAAUUUACCGAAUGAGAAAAGCCACACUUGUGAAGUUGCGUGUUCCAAUCUCAGAAACGCUACUCCAGUUAGAUCGGCAGCAGCUUCAGAAACUAGUGCAGUACCUUGUUGCCGAACAUCACACAGAAGUCCUUCCAACAGCGCAGAGGUUAGCUGAUGAUAUUCUACAGACACACUCUGUUAUCAAUUCCAUCUCUGGAGCACCUGACCCUACAGCUGGAGCCUCAGCCGAUGAGGAGCAUAGCUGGCAUUUGGACGAGGAGCAGAUAACAGAACAAGUCCACAAUUACCUUUCUCAGGGAGGCUAUUACAGUGCUAAUAAGCAAUUAAAUGCACUGUUUGCCAAAGUCAAGGAGAUGUUGCGGGCUAGAGACUCUAAUGGUGCCAGAAUGCUGCGAUUAAUCACAGAGCAGUUUCUGGCUGACCCCAGGUUAGUCAUCUGGAAAGCCCAGGGAACACCAAUGAUGGACAAGUGUCGUCAGCUGUGGGAUCAGUUAGGUGCAUUGUGGGUGUGCGUGGUUCUUAACCCUCAUUCUAACCAGAUCGAUAAGCAACAGUGGCGCACCCUUCUGGAAAAGUGGGCUACCACUCAAGUGUGUCCUCUAGAAGAUGCAGACUUUCGGCCACCAGGAGGAAGUGGACAAGCAAGGAGACCUCACGAAGAUGACAGUUUCUCCAAUUCUUCUGAUGAUGAAUCAAAUGAAUUACCUCAGGGUGAAUGCCCAAUUGCCUUCAGUAUUACAACUCAACCUCAACCUCGUACAAUUUUUCAUCGAGCUCUAGAAGCAAGUCAUCUUCAAUGGGACGACCUCCACCUAAAACAUAUUAUUGCACAUGAUGGUGUCACUCACUGUACAGAACCAUCUUCAUCUGCUUCCUUCAACUGUCAGGGUUAUCCACUGUGGCAUGAACAUAUUCCAACAGCCUGUGCUAGAGUGGAGGCACUGCGUUCUCAUGGAUGUCAGAAAGAAGCUUUACGGCUAGCUGUAGCCAUUGUUAGGACAAUGAAAAGGCAGCAGCGAGAGUGGCAGUGUCUGUGGCAAGCAGAGCAGGAUCGUGGAGCAAUACAACCACCAGCCUCAGGAAUGUCUACUGUUAAGCCAACCCAUUCGAACUCCGAAGGAUGGGUAGGACAUCCACUGGAUCCAAUUGGCUCCCUUUUUGAUACUUUGGCAGAGGCAUCUCUAAUCCCUGAAUGUAAAGGUUGUUUAGACCAUUUUUAUGCAGACUUCAUGACUAUUGUGAGCCAAGAGGAUACUAGCAACUCUGGUCGAGAACGACCACGUUAUCAACAUGUGGUAGUCCCAGGGAGUCGAGAUCACUGUGAGAGUUUUCUUUCUCUGGCCGUGGAAGCUGCUCUGAUUGGGUUAGGUCAGCAAAGGCUUAUGCCGUCGGGUGUUUAUUCUCAGGAAAAAUCUUGCAAACAAGAGGAGAGACUCAUUACGAAGCUGCAGGACAUCGAACUUGAUGGUACACUGGUAGCAGUACUAAGAAAGCAGGCCAUGCUACUUCUUGAAGGAGGUCCUUUCAGUGGGCUGGGCUGUAGGAUUCACACUGAAAGUGUUCCCAUGCACACUUUUGCCAGGUAUCUUUUCACAGCUCUUCUACCGUACGAUCCUGAUUUAGCCUACAGUGUAGGACUAAGAGCAAUGAGACUCCCUGUCUUGGAAGAGCAAGAAGAACAGGAUGAACCAGGAUUAGGUACUGGAUUAAAUGCUGCUGUUCUUGCUCGCUAUCCUCGCUGGUUCACCUUGGGUCACAUCGAAGCCCAGCAGUGUUCUCUAGCAUCGACCAUGCUUUCUGCAGCUAAAGGUGACAUCAUACGGCUUCGCACUGUUCUCAAGUCAGCCCAGAGAAAUAUCCACAGUUCUUCUCAGCUGUUCAAGUUAGCUCAAGAUGCAUUUAGAAUAGCAGCGCCCCCUGAUGGUGCACCAAGACAUUCAACCCUAUUAAAUGCAGCAUUUGAACUAGGACUUCAGGUAAUGAGGAUGACCCUUUCCUCCUUGAAUUGGCGACGAAGAGAAAUGGUUCGUUGGCUUGUAACUUGUGCAACGGAAGUUGGACUGGAAGCUUUGAUAUCCAUUGUACAGAACUGGUAUCAGCUGUUCACACCAAUUGAAGCAACGGGGCCGGUAGCUUCAACAGUUAUGUCUCAUGCCACUGUCAUGCGACUGAACCUCAACUUCACAGAACAGGAAGAGUUAUCCAGUUGUGCUCGUACCCUAGCGAUUCAAUGUGCAACUAAAGACCCUCCAAACUGUGCCCUGAAUGCUCUGACUCUCUGUGAAAAUGAUCCAUUUGCCUUUGAAGCAGCAUAUCAGAUAGUUGUGGAAGCUGCAACAACUAAUGUCAUGACGUCGUCACAACUUUUCACGGUAGCUAGGUAUAUCGAACACCGUGGCUAUCCUCACAGAGCAUACAAACUGGCCAUUCUUGCCAUGAAAGGUGUUCACUUAGCAUAUAACCAAGACAACCAUCCAGCGAUUAAUGACAUUCACUGGGCAUGUGCUCUUACUCAUUCCCUUGGUAAGUCUGAGCUUACCAAUCUAGUGCCGCUUCUUGUGAAAAAUGUCCAUUGUGCAACAGUGCUGUCAGACAUUUUGCGUCGAUGUUCAAUGGCACCACCAGGUAUUGCAACCAUGGAUGCAAAAAGACGAUGUAUUAAACCACUCUCCUUAGACAAACCUCCACUCAGGCAACUAUUGGAGGCCACUAUAUCGGCAUAUGUGAACACCACUCACUCUCGGUUGACACACAUAAGCCCCCGUCAUUACAGUGAUUUCAUAGAGUUCCUCAGUAAAGCCCGAGAGACCUUCUUGCUUGCUCCUGAAGGGCAUCUGCAGUUUGCCCAGCUUAUAGAUAACAUGAAAACUGCGUAUAAAGGCAAAAAAAAGUUGAUGUUUCUAGUCAAGGAACGGUUUGGUUAAUAACUGCUAUAGUUAGCUGGCCAUCUAAGAUGAGACAUAUGCAAUAGUCAGGUGUAAGAGAGUAUUCUUGGUCAAAGAAACUGUGAUGGUACACACUAGAGCAAAGCCAUUGUAUGAGUUUAAACAUUGGGCGGUCAGGAAAACUGCCAUUAUAUCUUAUUGGGUUGGCUUGCCUUAGUUCUGUCACGGAAUGGUUGUGUCAGUACGCUAGUAGUUAUUUCAAUUUAUGCUUUGCUGUCAAAACUUCUUAUUUGCCAUUGUUACAUAAUGCAGUGAAGUUGCCGUUGAAAUGUACAAAAUAUCUUAAAGAAAAAUUCUAAGACAACUUCUUCCAGGGUCACGCUGAUGGAGCGUGUGAUGAGACGAAGGUUUUGUAUGUACAGCUUCUCAUUCAUGUUUUACAUCAGACUGCAAGAAGCCCGUGUUCAUUGUGGUCCUACCUCACCGAGUGCCACUCUAGCCGUGCUGAGAAGCACUGUGCCCACAAUACAAGUAUUGAUAGUUUUAUAAUAAUAAUAUGCUAGGAAUAAGGAAGUGUACAAAAUGUAAACUUGUUGUAUUGCACAUGUUUUUGUCCUCUCGCUGAUUGUAGAAAGCAUUUUGUUCUUCAUAACAUUUUUUGGAAAAAAACCCUGUUAAAAAGUUUGAAUUAGCUAUCACCAACAGUUAUUGUGUUUGAUACUAAGUUUAAGCUACAUUUUGAAUUUAUAUAGUAUUGGAAUUAAAUCAUGUUACUGUUUGCAACCACUUUUUUUACCCCACCUGUAGUAUUACGUUAUGUAUGUAAUUGAGUUUUAUGAUCAUGAUGCCUUGAUUAUGUUUGCUAUUUUGAGUUUAUAAACUCAAAGUUGUUACGUAUGUUGAGUGUAUGAUCAAAAGGUUCAGAAUUGGCCUAAAUUGCAAGUUGGAUGUUUUUCUAGAAGUAAAUUCUUGACUCGGUAAUUUAGUUCAGGAAACUAUAAAAAGUUGAACGAUAUGUUAAAGUUGCUGCGUGGUUUUAAUGUAGUAAUUAUAUAUGAAGUAAACGUUUACUAGCUUUCUGUAAAAAAAGGAAAAGGUAGAGAAAGAAGUACAGUAAGUUUGCUUACAAUCAUGUGUUUAAAUUAAAGACGUUGGUAAACAAACUCGUGUGAUCUUUAUUCAUGAAUGAACUCUUAAUAUAAAUCGUUUACUGUUUGAAUUCGUAAAUACAUAAUCAUGUCUAAAACCAAACUGAAGAAAUGAAAUUUCUAUUUUUUGUAAGUUAAUACCUGAUGGUCAACUUGUUCCUACUAUGUGUUCUGAUUACUAGAAGGAAGAUAAUGGAAAAGCUCAGGAUCUGGGAUAAAGUUCCUGUAAUUCUUCUGAAUUGUAUUCUCGAAAACAUUCCAUUCACCUCUCUCUCUCUUGAAUGGCUGCUCUUUUUCAAUCACUCGUGACUAAGUGAUGCCAAUUUUAUUUCAUGAUAUUCACAACAAAAAUAUUCUGUAUUUUGUCCGUAUUUCAUUUCAGUCUGUUCCUCCUGCAUGUAAUAAAUUUAUAGAUCUUAUAUUCACAAUAAUUGGAAUUUGGUUUGCAUGUUAGAACCAACAAGAGCUCUAAAGAAUUGUUUUAGUUGGUAGAAUACACUACAAAGAUUGAUUUGCUUAAUUAAGUUUGGUAUUAGGUUACUGGUUGUUGAACGAAGUGGUUAGAUCAGAACAGGUUCUGCAGCUGGUGGUUUUUUUUUUUUGGUUUAACUGGUUACUGAUUUGAAUCAGUAAUAGCUCAGAACUGGUUCUGCAGCUGAAAGCAUGAUUUGGAGCAACUUUUGUAGAAUUGACUGGUAGCUGACUUUUUAAUAAGAAGCUAGGACCAGGUUUAAUCUACAAGCUACUGGCAUUAAUGAAUAGUAAUAGUUUUACUGAACUUGAGUGUGUUAUACAAGUUCAACAGCUAGUUAUUAUUGUCUUGAAUCCAUAAGAAGCUAUGUUGCUAAAAACUGUUUUAUUUGGUAUUAAAUCUGAACGAGUUCAGCAGUUCCCAACUUUUCUUUAUGGUUCUGUUUGAGUAACAAAAAGUGGGACCAGUUGGUAGUUAGUACUUUUUUUACCUUGAGUCACUAAUAAAUAAUAACACCUCCAGUAGCCAGAAACUUUAUUGUUACUAACCUGAGUGUGUAUUAAGUCAGAACAAAGUCUAACAGUUAGUAACUCUAUUUUGACCUUACUAAUUAAUCAUGUGGGUCAGAACAAAGUCUAACAGUUAAUAACUCUAUUUUGAACUUAGUUAAUGAGGUGAGUUUAAAAGUUAUGAACCCCAUACCUUUGGCUAAUUUACUGACCGAAUUAUUGCUGUAAGUUCAGGAGUUGAUAAGUGUUUUUGUAAGCCAUUUUAUAACAAGGCAAAAGUAAUUAUUAUAUCUAAUGGAACGUGAUACUUUACACAAGCUUUUCUCUAAGGAAAAAAGAGAGUUUCAGAUAGCAAAUCAUACGUUUUAUUAUGUCAGGGUCAUCUGCGAAACUAAAUUUUAAGACCAAUGGAAUCCAAUUAACUGUCAAAAUGAUCAGUUUUGUGAAGUACGAAACCACGCGUCUUCCACGAGACUUACGUGCAUACCAAAUAAAGCUUUCCAAUAAAUUAAACUUUGCUGUCACCAUAUUAUAUAUCAAAUUUAGAGCUGAUUGUUCACUAUGCAAAAGUUUCUCAUCAAAUACGGUUGCACUGCUCGAGCUUAUCCAUGCGUGCAAUAGAUUAUCACUGGUUUUAACAUCACAGUAACUUGAUCUACUUUUGAAAUUGCUAAUUGUGACCAUUUUGAUAGUCAAUUUUUCAUUCAGGUAGUGCUCGUUUUCUGCCAUACGAAAUACCAUAUUUAAAUUAAUUUAUUUACUAUUUUAUUUAAUAUACUAGGUUUCAUAACAGCAGAAUAUUGCGUGUGGAUUUUUAACCAAUCUUAGCAUAUACGGAAAUAUAAGGUAUACGUUGAAGUUUUUGAUAUUCAUAGAAGUGAUAUUUGUGCAAAAAAAUUUUUCCUUCUGUAUUUGUGAAACAAUAAA